AUGGCUUCUUACCACGCUCGUUCCUCUAGUUGUCCAUCAAUAGCACACCCAGUUGUUGAUCAAUUUGAUCAACACUUGAGCAGAUUGAGAUCUUCUCAAGCUGCCUCUACUUCAUCAUCAUUAUACCAAACACUUACAAACCUUAAAAAUUUGUAUUGUUGUGUUGAUGAGUUGCUUCAACUUCCCCUUAAUCAACAAGCCGUUUCACAAAAUCGACCCUCAAAAUGGGUAGAGGAGGUCUUGGAUGGAUCUCUAAGGCUUCUCGACAUGUGUACCACAUCGAGAGAUGUCUUGGUACAGUCAAAGGAAUGCCUCCAAGACAUACAAUCGGUGCUAAGAAGAAGGUCUAGCGGUGAACUUAACAUCAACAAUGAAAUUGCUCAGUACUUGAACACCCGAAAAAGUGCAAGAAAGAUGAUCAAGAAGUGCUUGAAAAACACUAUUAAGGAAACAAACCAAACAACUACCGAGGAUGCUUCCAUUAAGAGCGCGUUGAAAGAGGUAGAGGCGGUAACCCUUGAUAUCUUUAAGUCCGUGUUGUCCUACAUUGGAGGUGCAAAGUUGGAAUCCCAGAAAAGUAAAUGGUCUUUGGUAAACAAGUUAAUGCACCAAGGUGGUGACAAAGAAGCAAAAUCAACAAACAGUGAAUUUGAUGUUGUAGAUGCUACUCUUGAGUCAAUUAUCUGCCAAAAGAAUAAAAAUGGUGUUAAUAUGUUACAAGUAGAGAAUAUGAGGUGUCAGAUGGUGAAAUUGGAAUCUGAAAUUCAAGUUCUUGAUGAAACAUUAGACUCCUUAUUUAGGCAUCUUGUUAAGACUAGAGCAACUAUUCUGAACCUCCUUAGUAACUAA